GUAAACUGUUUAAUGGUUUUGAUGUGUACCUAUCGCGUGUCGGGUUAGACUUUUAUGUCAAUAGUCGGUGAAAGCUAAAAUUAGUGCUGAAUUAGUCCACUUGUUAUUGUUAUUAGCAACAAUGAAAACUAGAUUGUACCAAUUACUUUAAACUAAAUAUGAGUAUGGAACAUUUGCUAAUAACUCACGCUGAAAAAAGUGAAAUCUUGGGCAUAAUUCACGAAGAGAAAGAAAGAGAGAUGGAUCAGGACACAGAAUUAAAAUCUGAAGGAGACAAAGAAAAAGGAAGUGAAAUGGAGAAUGAAGACAUUUCUGUGAAAAAUUCUAGGGAAGUUUUAUCCUCCAAAGUAACAUUUAAUGAGAGGGAAGUAUUAUCGAAUUCAGAUGACGAAGGAAAACGAAAAAAAAGAGCACUGGAGGUAUGUGAGUUUGAUAACAUGCCAUCGUCUCCCACAAUGGCGGGAAGACACCUCAGCAAAUCGACGUCUGAAUUAAGUAGCCCUCGGGAGGCGCCGGAAUUCAGACCCCAAUCUGCUGCUCCUCCAGAAACCUCCCACCUAUCUGUAUAUCAAAAGGCACACAGUUUUCUUGCACAAAUUAAGAAUCGCUUGGGCCAUUCCAGUAAGCGCGAACGUAGCAGUCGUCACAAAUCUCCGGGACGUCAAGAUAGCACUGACUACGCGGCCGACCUCAGUAGUGAACAUAGCACGCCGAGUACUCAGAGUCCGAGACACCGGGUACAUAGCAGAACAGAUUCUCCCUUAAGCAGAGCUGGAGUAAGUGGCGGUCCUGGAGGAGGUGGGGGCGGAGGUGAAACAACAAGUUCUGCUAGUGGAUCUCCACGACCAAGAGCACAAACUCCAGGAACCGUGGCUGGACUUGAUCUUUUACCUCUCAGCACAAGCGAUGAAGUUUCCAGAAGGAGGGAGGUGGCUCUGCGACAACACUCCUUUUUUCAACUGCGGAUUCACCUUCGAAGAGGGCAAGGGUUGGCCGCCAUGGAUAAAAACGGGUUGAGCGAUCCUUACGUAAAAUUCAAAUGUGGUGGAAGAUUAGUAUAUAAAUCCAGAACUGUAUAUAGAGAUUUAAACCCUAUUUGGGACGAAAGCUUUACUGUGCCUAUAGAAGAUCCUUUUGUUCCUAUCGGAAUAAAGGUUUUCGAUUAUGAUUGGGGCCUGCAGGACGAUUUUAUGGGAUCAGCUACUUUGGAUCUCACCACAUUGGAAUUGGCGAAAACAGCUGAGUUAUCCCUAACUUUGCAGGAUCCAUCAAGACCGGACGCUUCGUUGGGAGAAAUUAUUUUGGCUGUGACGCUUCAUCCUAAAACUCAAGAAGAUAAAGAACAGUACUUCCAAAAAACCAGUAGAACACAAGAUGUAAAUAAAAGACUUAAAUCGCAAAUAUGGAGUUCAGUAGUUACGAUAGUUUUAGUGGAAGGAAAGAAUCUUUUACCUUGUGAUCCAGAAACGGCAACUUCAGAUCCUUAUUGUAAAUUUAGAUUGGGAAACGAAAAGUACAAAUCUCGAGUCGUAUGGAGAUCAUUAAAUCCGAGAUGGUUAGAACAGCUAGAUCUGCAUUUAUACGAUGAUGGAGACCAACAGUUAGAAAUCACGGUAUGGGAUAAGGACAGGGCUAGAGAUGACUUUAUAGGAAGAUGCGUAAUUGAUUUAACCAAUUUUGAACGAGAAAAGACGCACAGUAUUUGGCAAGAAUUAGAGGAGGGAGCUGGUUCCUUACAUUUACUUCUUACAAUCAGUGGUACUACCGCAUCCGAGACAAUAUCUGACCUAACCACUUAUGAAGAUAAUCCUAGAGAAAAGCAAAAUCUAGUCGAUAGAUACGCAUGGCACAGGACUUUUCACAACAUCAAGGACGUCGGCCACCUCACCGUAAAAGUAUUCAAAGCACAAGGUCUGGCUUCCGCGGAUCUUGGUGGAAAAAGCGAUCCUUUCUGUGUACUAGAACUGGGAAACGCCCGACUUCAAACCCAAACUGAAUAUAAAACGCUGACACCUUCAUGGAAUAAAAUCUUCACGUUCAACGUCAAGGAUAUCAAUAAUGUUCUGGAGAUUACUGUAUACGACGAAGACCGAGACCACAAAGUAGAAUUUUUAGGUAAAAUCGCAAUUCCCCUUCUACGAAUACGAAAUGGGGAAAAAAGGUGGUUCGCUCUAAAAGAUAAAAAACUACGAACGAGGGCGAAAGGAAAUGGGCCACAAAUUCUUCUGGAAAUGAUAAUUCAGUGGAAUCCGAUUAGAGCAUGUAUAAGAACUUUAAAUCCAAGGGAGGAAAAAUACAUGCAGACUGAAGUAAAAUUCAAGCGGCAAGUUUUUGUGAAAAAUGUUCUAAGGCUUAAGGUAUUUGUGAUGUAUUUCUUAGAAUUCGGCAAGCUUUUCCAAAAUUGUUUUGAAUGGGAAUCAAAACUGCAAAGCUUUGCGGCCUUAGUAGUUUGGGUUACACUUUGCUACUAUUUCCAGCCAUGGAUGUUCCCGAUAUUAGUUCUCUUGGUGUUUUUAAAACAGUAUAUAGUAAGAUCUUUAUCAGGACCUUUACAAGUUCCAUGGGAUGAAUCGCAGGAUUCAGACGGAGAAGACGACGAUGAGGAAGACAAAGAGAAAGAAGAAAAGAAAAGUCUGAAAGAACGUUUGCAAGCGAUUCAAGAAGUAACGCAGGGUGUUCAGAAUGCGAUAGGACGGAUUGCAUCGUUGUUGGAAGGUAUUAAAAAUAUGUUCAACUUCACAGUUCCUUAUUUAUCUUGCAUCGCCAUAUUCCUGCUGGCUGUAGCAACUGUAGUCUUAUACAUCUUACCAAUUAGGUACUUACUAAUGUUGUGGGGUGUUAACAAGUUCUUUAGAAGGAUAUUGAGACCUCAUUCAGUGCCCAAUAAUGAAAUUCUCGACCUUUUGUCGAGGAUUCCAGACGAUGAGAUGUUGACCUACAUUAAAUUACUGGCCUCCGGCCUCUCGACGCAUCUGGGCCGAUUGACAGUUAUUCGAUGGUACUUGCAGCUGGACUACAAGGACCUCAAGCUUCUGAUGAACAACGAACCAGCCGAUAGACGCCGGGAACCGAAAAAGAAGCAAAAGACUUCCUAGUGGUCACUAACCAGUGUCAAAGACAAGUGGAAAGUGCGCUUCGAAAAAAUCCAUGAAAAGUCUGAUUAGCAUUUACAUUAUUAGUCAUCAGUAGCUAGUGAUUUUGUAAAUUGGUAGAUGGUGUUAAAAACAACUGAAGAUUCCGAAUUCAAUUAAAUGGAAACAAUAUUAGCUAAUAUUAUUAUAUGUAUUAAUCUAUUUAUCUGACGUUGAAUUAAAGCUAUUUCUAUUUUAAAGUUAUGACUAUUCUAUGUAAACUUAACAGCAAAGUUUUGCACCACCAAAAAUUAUGCUCAUUUUUCUAGUUGAUUUUCUAGUAAACGAAUUAACGGAUUCCGCUACUUUUUUUUAUUAUUUUAGAUUCUUUCUUUGGUAUUUACACUGAGCAAAUGUUUACACAAACUUCUUCUUUGAGCUUAUACCAGGUGGAAGAAAACAAAUGUUUUUAUUAUGUUAAGUUUGAGACACCCUGUAGGAAUGACAAGGUACCUACGAGGGUGGGUAUACAUUAAAAUCGUGUUGUGAUCUUAUGUUUUGCGCACACUUUGUUUUUUGAACUGCCCUGACAUCUUUAAAAACAUUUAAAAGAAACUUUAAAAACAGAAGGGCACAUAACGUAAACAGUUCUGAUUAGAGCUUCAUGAUAUUCGAUAAAAAUAUCGAUAUUGUAUUGAUAUCGUAUCGAAAAUCAAUACGAUACCGAUACAAUACAUACCUUAGCAAUAUUAAUGUCGAUACGAUACUCAUUAUUUGAAAUCAAUACAAUAUCUUCUUGUAUUGUAUUCAUCAUUCUUGUAUUGUCGAUACGCCUGCCUCGAUAUUAUUGAGAAUAUCGAUAUCGAGGAAAAAAAAUAAAACACCACGUGAGUGCUGCAUAAGGCCUAUUAUACAGUUAAAAUAUUAUAGGAGUUAUAAAACGCACAAGCGCGUAUGCUCUCCAUUAGUACAAGAGAGAAGGAAGAUGAGGCCAAUAACUCAUCAGAUGAUAAAAGGGAAGGAUGACAAAUAUUCAGAUAAUAUCGAUGUUUUUGAAAAGGAAAUUGAAAACUACUUGCAAUCUCCAAGACCUGGACAAGACACAAAUAUUUUAUUAUGAUGGAAAUCAUACAGUAGUGUUUUUCUAGUUUUAUCUCGGUUAGCUAGGGAUAUUUUGUUUGUCCAAAUGACGUCCGUACCAGUCGAGCGGCUCUUUUCAUAACUAGCGCUGGUUCUAACGAAUAAAAGGAUAAUUAAAAUAUAAAAGUAUCAAACAACUCAUUUGUGUGAACAAAUGGAUGAAAAGCUCUUUAAAGGAUUACAUUUUUUGUGAGGUUACAAUGUAAUUUCUCCUAUUUCUUGUAUAUUUUUUUGUAGAGAUUUUUUUAAUGAAGACUGUGAGAAAUUAAUAAAGAAUUGUUUUUUUAUUAAGUUAAUCCUUUUUAUGUCGAUAUUUUAUCGAGUAUUGUAUCGAUAUCGUAUCGAAAUCAAUAUCAAUACGAUAUCUUUGUAAGAAAGUAUUGCCGAUAUCGAUACACGAUACGAUACUUCAUUGGCAUAACCAAUACAAUACUCAAUACUUACAAAGUAUCGAUAUUGUAUCGUAUCGUGAAGCUCUAGUUCUGAUCGACAUCUUCAUUCAGUUCAAGUAAGCGCAACAUAAGAGAGACGAGGUUGUUCAAUGGAGGCUCUGUGAUGUUUUGGGGUAGGGAUGGCGGUUGUUGACAAAACACCGGCUUUUGGUUAUACCGGUUUUUUUUACUUACGUUUUAACCUGGCGGUUAUAACCUGUCAAAAAUCGAUGUUCGCUUUUUCAUAUUUUAAAAUGUUACAUUUACAUUGUACUUUAGUUUGCGAUACUCGAUUCGAAUCGAUAUCAAUAUUGUCGAUAUCGACACUGUCGAAAGGAUAUAUCGAUACCAAGAUAAUCAAUCUUGUUAGAGGAGACAGGGGCAACUGUAAGUUGAAACUAGCCAAUUGGGAUCGAAAAUAGAAAUUAAUCAUCAGUGUUUUGGUCUGCUUAAAAUUUCUUCUUAGUGCGUGAGGUGACGAAAAAUUUCCCCAUUUUUUCUCUGAAUUCAUUAUUUUUUCCGGAGGUAAUUUAUCCGGUUUUUCACCGGUUAUUACUUUAUGAACAAAAACCUGUUAUAACCGGGACAAAAAACAGCCGGAAAAAACUUAUUAUUGUCGAGUAAAAAAACCGGUUUUAGUUAUAACCGGUAGGUAUUUCCCUAUUUUGGGGUGGAAUUUUCUUGGCAGCAAGAAAGGAUUUGGUGUUGUUGGUCAAUAUUUAGGUGUGGUAAAUAUUCAGAUAUUGAAGUGGUCCCCUCACAGUCCCGAAAUUAAUCCUAUUGAUCACAUAUGGAUGGGAUAUUGUCGGAGAAAAAGUCUUCGUCAGUUCCUUCCUGCUUUCCAGCAAAAUAUAGAAAAUAUGGCCUGAAACUCUACAGGCCAAAAUCUAACAGCCUGCUUAAUAACCAGCAUGCCUAGACGAUGUGAAGCUGUUAUUAGAAUUAGAGGGACAACACUUUCUGUAAAGAUUUGUUAACUAUUAUUGUAAUUUUUUUUGUUAAUUUAGUAUUGUUUCAGUUAAAACAGAUGUUAAAGUAUAAAACGGUCUACUGUCUUUGUUUUUAAAGAUAUCAGGGAAAUUUAAAAAACACAAUUUUCACACAACAUAAGACUACAACACGAUUUUGAUGUAUAUCCACCCUUGCACCUUGUUCGUCCUACAGAGUGUUACAAACUUAACAUAAGAAAACAUUUCUUUACUUCCACCCGGUAUAAGCUCAAAAAAUAAGUUUUAGUAAACAUUUGCCCAACAGUAUAAAUACCAAAGAAAAAUCUAAAAAAUAAAAAAGAAACUAGCGUUAGGAAAACCGUUAACCCGUUCACAAGAAAAUCAACUAUAAAUGAAAAUGAGCAUAAUUUUUGGUGGUGCAAAACUUUUGCGGUUAAGUUUAUAUUACCAUUUAUUAAACGUUUAAAGUUUAUUAUAAACAAAUUUUGUCCAUAUAAAAGAUUUUAGUUAUUUUCAUUUAUUACAUGUAGCAAAAUAUAUGUCUCAAAUAUCUCUUCAGUAUAAAAAGAGAAUAACUAAAUUGUACACACGUUAAGGAUACUGCUUAAAUUACCAAUAAGCAUUUAGUUUUCUAUGUCCAUUAGUGUAUCCCAAAUAAAAACAAUCUUCUUCUUUGUGUGCCGUGCUUGUUUUCAAGCGUUGGCUAUCGUAGCUGAUGAAAUGUUUCUCGGUCGGCAGCUAUAUAUUUACAUGUUUACUCUGAUUGGAGUACGGAGGGAACCAUUCUCGUUGGAACUUUACCGCGCUGAGCAGAUGGGACGUGAAUUAUAAAUUGUAAAAUUCCCUCAUCUUCCCUAAUCUCAGCAUCCGUAUGGCUUGCAAAUUGUAGAAGCCUCGGAGGUGUAACCAGAGAAGGUUCCCAUUGUUUUCAGUAUGGUGGGAUGUAAAGUAACAUUAUGUUGUUUUAUAUGCCAUUAGAGUGAAAACUUAGUCUUUUGCUAGCAGUUGCCGCUAGGGCAUCUAUGCCAUUUCGUUCGUUGAAAUCCGGGACUGCACGCCGGGGUUUGUUUUGGUUGGAUCAGGGAGAGCAACAUAUGUGCCUAAUAAGUUUCGAAACCGGUAGAGGUGCUUGCUGCACUCUCUGAUUGGACUAGAAUAUGGUGCGGCUGUAUUUUCGUUUUGCAACGAAAUUGAAAAUGGUUGUUCAUUUUUGAUUUACAUGUUUACUCUGAUUGGAGUACGAAUGGAACCAUUCUCGUUGGAACUUUACCGCGCUGAGCAGAUGGGACGUGAAUUAUAAAUUGUAAAAUUCCCUCAUCUUCCUUAAUCUCAGCAUCCGUAUGGCUUGCAAAUUGUAGAAGCCUCGGAGGUGUAACCAGAGAAGGUUCCCAUUGUUUUCAGUAUGGUGGGAUGUAAAGUAGCAUUAUGUUGUUUUAUAUGCCAUUAGAGUGAAAACUUAGUCUUUUUCAAUUCCUGGAGCAUUCGAUUUUUCCAUUGUCUAAUGUUACGCAGCCAGGACAGUUAUUUUAUUCGAACCCAGUGUUUUCCUUCGAUUUUGUCCUGUAUGAUCAACCGGAGUAAGCGAUAUUUAGGUCCUCUCAUUAUAUGACCGAAGUAUUUAACCUUUCUCAUAUUUAUAACGUUGAUCAAUGUACAACAAUGAUCAACAUCAUAAAAACAAUAUCCAACUUUAAAAAUGUAACCAGUAAAUUAUCAUUGCCAUAUCUGUGUUGAAUCAUCUUGAAUAAUGGUUGAAAAUGCUUUCUCUCCUAUCUCGAGAUUGUAUAUCAUCAAAGCCAUCCUAAUUUGAUUUAUUCCUAGUUUAAAUAGUUCUUUUCUUGUAAAGCCGAAACACUUUCUCAAGUUUCUCAUCCUGAACAUGAAAGGACCUGAAUUCCUUCGUCCUUCCAUAUCUAUGAACUCGAUUUCCAAGCUUUUGAUAAAAUAUUGGUUUUAUGGUUUUAAAAUCAACUUUGAAUGGUGAAAGCCUUUGAAUAUUUGAGAACCAUUUAUUUGUACCAGUGGUUACGUUUCAUCCAUUCCACUCAGUCCUAUAUUGUUCUUUUGGCUGUGCUUCUUGCUAUGCCAACGACAGGUUCUGGGUCUAUAAAUGUUUCUUUUGUCCCUCCUCUGGCAACUACUACUUUUUCAUUCCUUUAAACGCCAGUAUGUCCAGGCAUCCAGAGUAAACUUAAAUUGUUGCUUUUUCAGAACCGACUCAGAUUCUAAAGACAUUUCCAAACAAACUUGCUGUCAGUCCGAUUCAAUUCAAGUGCCUUUAAUCGUGCCAUCAAAUAGAAUUUUCUAAGUCUGUGCUGAAUUUCCUCUUUAUGAUUCACAUCUCUAUAGCAUAAAUUUCCACUUCGAAGAUAAUAGAGUGGUAGCUUUCACUAGUUUAGCCUUGGUUUCCCUCCGUAUACUCCAGCUCUAUCUCCUGGAUCAGUUUUAGAGCCGCCAGUAUACCAGCAUUGAUCUGCCAUUAUGAAAUUCGUUUUUUUCGACUGUCAUUCGUCCCUUUAUGGAAAAAGCACGGUUAAAGGCUUUUCGAAAUUAUAUCCAGAUUGCAUUGCAUCUGGUACCAUUUCCAUUUUUCUUGAUGUGAUGAUUUUAAUUAUCUCUCUUGGUGAGUGGUGUAUGCUGUAUUGUUUAAUUACGAGGCAAAGGAGGCAUGUUCUUUGUAACUUGCGUCUUCGUGUUUACAGCAAAAUUCGUUAUUUUUACAUACAUCCUUCAUUUAAUUUAUCAAAGUGCGAUGUUCGAUAAAACGCAUGAUGUUUCUUGUAUACCGCGCAUACCCUUAACUGCCAUUUAAAUGUUUCGCUCUGUGAAAUGAACUGAAGACCAUUCAAAAGGACUGAAUACUUCGAAAAUUAAAUAAAAAAAAUAUAUAUUUUUAAAAGUUCUUCUUGAUCUUUUUCUUUUGCGUAGUUAAAAGUUCUAAUAGGUUAUUGUAAUGUUACAUUACAUAGGCCGACAGGUUCGCCAUGUGGUAUCCCCAUUCUUCUAGGAGCUAUCCCUAGAGCGGCUGGACUGGCAGGAUCGCCAUGUAAUAUUGCAUUACAUGGAUCGCCAUGUAACUAUGAUAACAUUGUACAUAUCUGAAUUCUCCAUUUAACAGCACAUUUCCUCUCGCUUGUACUAUCUUAAGAUAUACGCAGUUGCAUGCCUCCUUAUGUCUCUAAAUUCACGAAUAAAUUCUACUAAAUUGAAAACAGCAAAAGAAUCAUGUUUUAUAUGGAUAAAAUAUUUUACUUGAAUCUCUAAUGUAUAGGUAUUUAUAUUUACGCUAGAUAUACUUAAAAUUCUGUAAUAUUCUGUUCUUAUUGAUAUCGAUUUAUGCCAUGUAUAAGAGACAUUUAUUUUUGAAAUAUAUCACUAAAAGUAAAGGCGCACAGAUCUGAUAUUAAAAACUUAAAUAUUAAAUAGUAUAGUUCUGCAAGCAAACUAAGAGAGUCAAUAAUAUUCAGCUAAUCGGGGUACCUACUAUUGAUGGAAAUAUGUACAUAAAUAAACAAGGGUUCAAUCCAUAAAACAGGUAGAUCCCUUGUUUAUAGAAUUUCACACCUUGAAGAAUAGCAUCCCGCUGAGCUGGAUAUUAGUGACUCUCUUAGUUUGCUUGCAGAACUUUAUUUUACUUUAUAAAUAUAUUUUGUGAUUUGUAUUUAAUUGAAAUAAUCAAAUAUUUAUUAAAAUCGUGAAUGUUAUGUUUGUUUAAUAAAAAACUUUAUGAUAUGUAAAA